CUUGUAUGCUUGUACGGGGCUGGUUUUAACAAACAAAACAAGUGACCAUCCUUGAAAAAACAAUAUUGAUAAUCGAAUCAUUACCAGUUUCUUGAUACUUUAGGCGAUUUAAAUAAAUAUUCCGAGACAGUAUUAUCACCUAGUUAGUGUAAAUUUUGUGGUCGUCUGAGCAACAUUAAAACAUGUUCUUGAAAGUUUUAAUUGCCUUCCACGCGGCGGCAGCACUGGUAUCGAUGUCGCAGGCGGUGCCCUCCGACAUUCCCGAAAGCCCUUUAGCGUCUCCUUGCCCGGAAACGUUUACUUAUGGAACGAUUGAUAAACCAGGUUAUUGGACAGGAAACCUCAUCUUAAGACCAGAUCAUGACAUUAGCGGAGUCUGGGUCAGGCUGAUAUUUGAUAAGGAAGUGGAGAAAGUGACACUAAACAGCGAAGAAUUCAUAAUCAAACUCUCGGAGGACAGUAAAAUGGUCAAACUUCAAAGCCCCGAUAUGUUAUUGAAAGCCGAUAAUCCAAAACUUUUGGAAGUCACUGUAAACUACAAAGGAUCUGCCGUCCCUAGUCUACAAGAAUAUCGAUUGAAUGCGAGAACAAUAUGCCCCCAGAAAAAUCAUAACCGUCACGAUGUUUUCCUUGGAGACGCUAACGCAGAUUACUUUUUAUCAAGUAUCCAACAUAAGCCAGAAUCGCCAAACAUACCAUUCGAAUGUGGUGUUUCUUAUCCAUCGAACCAAUACCCUUGGCAAGCAUCUAUCCACCUUCAUUUUGCUAAAGAGAAAAGAUAUGCUUGCGAAGCUCUUCUAAUAAGCUCUGAGUAUUUGUUAACAAGUGCUCACUGUGUUACUUUUAUAAAUGAUACUGAGAUAAUUCCACGAGCAUUUGUAAAAGUUCACCUUGGAAGUGAUAAAGAAUCAAAGGAUCAACAUUAUAUCCGGGAAAUAUUUGUUCACCCAGGUUAUAGAGCUGGUUCAAUCAUCGAUGACAUUGCUGUUAUCAAGCUGCUUGAUUACGUCGAUGUAAAUAAAGUCUACAGACCUCUUUGUUUGGACAAUGAAAACGCAGAUAUUGACAAAUUGGUUAUUACUGGUUUCCAGAUUGGAAAAGAUGGAGUUGUUGGAAAUCUCCUGGAAUCCAAUGUUUUGAGAAUUGACAAUAAAGAAUGUAUAAAACUAACACCCUACUUAAAAGAAGUCUUGGACAACGACAAUUAUUGCGUAUCUUAUAAAUCAGAUGAUAAAAACUGUGUUGGAGAUUCAGGAAGUGGUUUACUUGCAUUCAAGAACAAUAAGGCAACAUUAAAGGGACUCGUUGUCUUAGGACCAAAGCUGCAAAAUAAGGAAGUUUGUGAUGCGAAGACCAAUGUAGUAAUUCUCGAUAUCGCAGAUUAUCUACCCUGGAUUUACAAUAUUGUUUUUUAAGACCAUUUACUACAAAGCAUCUUUUAAUUUUUGUGUAGUUGUAUAACGUUAUAAUAUUAUAGUUUGACAAAUAAAUUCAUUUCAAUUUUAA